AUGGCAACAAGCUUCAACUACUGUUGUGAUGAACUCGAGAAGUUAUUGCAAGAAGCUUCAAGCAAUGUAUCCACGUCUGAGGAUUUGAGUUUGGCGACGAAAAGCGAUGCAACACUGAAGAACAGCAGGCCGAACAGUAUGGUGGAACCGCCAACAAAGGAUAUCAAGUCGCCGGUUGCUGCACCGCCACCAAAGUCUAACGAUUGCGGCAGUUUAGACGGUUUUACAGACAGUGAGGAGUCGGCAACCGACGCGUCAAGCAUCAUCGAUGAUGAAUCGCAGUACAGCGCCGUCGUUCACUUCAAGCCCUGCAAGCCCAAAGUGAAACGAGUCGCUCCGGUACCCGGACUGUGGAAAGUGGAAGGCGCUGACGAGUUCAUAAGUAAGAAUAAGCGCCUAGUCAGGGAAACACUUCAAGCAGCCGUGACCCAUGUGUGGAAAGUCCGACCACAUGAGACUGCCACCAAGCGCAUAAGGCCACUCAAGACGCUAAAUGUGAUGAAACCGGAACCAAAGAAGCAAAUGGCGCCAGUUGAAGAUAAAGACAAAAAGGAGGUUAAGAAGGUAAUUAGCACAGAGCCAGAAGAAAAGCAACCGAAGAAGAAGAAUGGUCCAUCGAUGCUUAAGAAAUUGGCUCCCGUUGUGAGGAUCGAGAAGAAAACGCCGCCAGCUCCAAAGAAGGAUGAGAAGGUCGCUGUCGCGGAGCCCAAAGGAAAGAAGGAUGAGAAAAUUGCCGUCAUGGAGCCGAAGGAGAAGAAGGACGACAAGACUGCCGUCGCGGAACCGAAGGACAAGAAGAACGAGAAGAUCACCGUUAAGUUCAACAGAAAGAAAGAGGUCGAGCUCAAGGGCUUGAAAGUUCUAUCCAAAGCAGCAGUACCGAAGGAGGAGAAAAUCCAGAUAUCGGCCAUUCUUCGAUCGCAGGCCCCUCGUAUUGAUGGAGUGACAGUGAUUUUGGUUCAACCCAUUUUCGUUUCCUACAAACACCCGCAGAAGAUUCGAGAAAUAAAACCAUUGGUAACGAAAUCCGUCAGUCAUUCGCUUUUCAAGAAGUCCCUGCAACUUGACAGUCAGAAAACCAUCACACAAAAGAAGAAGUCGAGGGCGUCGGCGUCGCUGUCGUGCAAGGCAGCUUCUCUAGAACAAGCCACUUGCACCAAAGAACUGAGAAGGAAAUCAAUGCAGUUUGGAGCUCAUGUAACUGUUGAUCGACCGGUGCCUGAUGUGAACAUCAGCCGUGUGCGACUGAAGAUCAGACGUGCUAAACAACCAUUACCUCCUGCUCCCGUUGAACCUGCUCCUCCUGUGGAGAACGGAACACCUAGAAGAAGUACGAGUGUGGAUAGCGAGAGCUCUUAUCUUCAGACGGUUCGUCGGGUCAUCGAAGCAUAUGUUCACUAA